UCUAAAGAACACGCACACAUCUAACGAGAAAAAGGUAUCCAAGAGCCCGAAGAGGUACACCUAAAAAUCCCUGCAGCACCGUAUGCGUGCCCAAAAACUGAACUGCACGUCCGUCCCACCGUUCGACUACAGUAGCAUCACCCCCUCCCUGUCCCACUCUAUACCAAAACGGAAGAUUGCCGACUACAGCAUACUGCUGUCUGAAGUGCUGUCUGUAAAAAAACACCAUGGUAGGAAUGGAACAAGCAGCUAA